GCUGCUGCGUGAACUGCAUUGUAGUGCAUCGCGAUCGACCACAGCAGCUUGUUUGCAACAAAAGCGUGCUGCCUAGUGAGUGUGUUUGUGUAUGUGUGUUUCGUGCCGUGUGAGUGCUACAAAACAACCAGUGAAGCCGGGUGCGUUAAAAAUUGGCUGGAAAUUGGCACCAAAAAUUAAAGAUAUAAAAAGAGGGGUAAAAAAAGAAAUUGAAAUUGUCUACCCACCGCACCAAGGUGUUUUGCAGAAAGCCGACCCUUGUGCUCGUGGUCUGUGUGCGUGUUUGUGUGCGAGUGUAUGUGCGCCCUGUGGCCCUAGUGUGUCCAUGCCGCAUCACCGUUGGUGACAGCGAAACUGGUUUUCGGGGUGGUGGUUGCUGGUUGCUGGCGUUCGCUGGUCGCGGUUGGACCGGACCCGUUGGUGAAUAUUUUAUCAACGCCGAGAGUUCUCGCCUCGUGACAGACCGGAGGUGACCCGAAGGUGGUGGUGGCAACAGGCCCAAAUAAGGCGAAAAAACGAGAUUCGCCACAAAAGGAUAGGCUUCGGGGUGGCUCGCGCUCAAGGUACCGUAUCGUGGCUUUUCCACACUUUUUCCACCCCUUUCGACGGCUCCCAAUCAACCUCUGUGAAUAGGAAAGCGCUUCACUUCGUGGCAUUUGCGUGGCGGGGGUACCUCCAGUGUUCUCGUGCGUAAUCUGAUUUGAUUGCGAGAUAAAACGUGCAUCAUCAGCAGUAGUAGCAGCGAAGGAGGAAGGUGGAGAAGGAGACCUUCGACUGCUCAAAACGACCGGAAAAUCGCCCUCCCCACCGGACCACCGGAGCUGCUGACGGCUUGAAACAACCAGAGGGCCCUCUGGUUUCAUAUUCUGGCGCAAUAUCAACCCAUUGGCACCGGCUGCUGCAAAGUGUUUUAUUCCGCUUCAAAUCACCGCCUUCAGCGCUCAUCUUCUCUGCUGCUGCUGCUGCUGUAGUGUGGAGGCUGGUAGCGUCAAGAAAGCUUCAGGUUCAUUUAAAUCGGAAAUAAACGGUCUUGGCUGGUUUGGCCAAAAAGAUUGGUGGUCUUCGCACGCUUCGCCUCUGCAACAGACCCCGGGCCCUGCCGGCAUCCCACUGCAACGGUGAUCACAAGAGAUGAUCUGAGUCUACACUGCUGGCGCUUCUGCUGCUGAGCUGUUUCAAUGAUGAAAGCGAAACCACGACGAUGAUGGUACGCAGAGCCGAGAUCGUCUUUGGAUGAGAGAUUGUUACGCUGUCCGAGGAGCAUUGAUUCCACGGGAAAUUGAUUUGGAAGAUAAUACCGCAUUCCAAGGACCAGAAGGAUUCUCAGCAAUAGGAUUGUCGAGGAAGAAGCAUGAUACAGCAUCAAUCGACUACGGAGUUAUAGAAAAGAAUCAUCAGGAAGCUUCCACUGGUCGCAUACUGAUCCACGCUUCUAGAGUGCCAAAUCCGAGGUCGCCCACAACGAAAUCAGCUAGAGGAGAAGUCCCAGGAUACGAUAGGACGCUGAAAAAAACUUGAAGGAAAAAUGUUGAAAAACAUUCACGAACGCACGGUGAAGAAGGUGAAGGGAAAUCACUACGUGGCAACGCACGGUCGCGAUACGGUGGAUCUACCGUACGCCCAAGCGAACCGCGGCUACUCAACCGACGGUGAGGACAGCCAGCGGGCACCAUCCGAGCGGACACUGUCCGAGUACACGAUAGCGAACGAACGGGGUACGCCACCGACGGCGCCAGCCCGAAAACCACGCUCGGAGCACAAAUACCAGAACAACAGCAGCAGCACUAAUGGCGGACCGCGGCCACUCUCUAGUCCACCGACGCGCGCCCCACCGAGGGCACCGUCCGCGCUCAGCUACGAUCAUGGCGGUGACACCGGGAGCGACAUCUACGUCACCUCCGCCGCCUACAAGGCACCAUCGGAAAUCAGUCGUUACAGUGCCCAUCGAACGCAUCAGUCACGCGGUCCGCGAAGUGUGUACAGUGUGGCGAGCACGGCCAAGACGGGCCGGAGCUCGAGACGGCACGGUGCCAAGGUGGAAGCGAUGUCCGCUCCGAAUCCUUUCUGCCCGAACGUCAAGGGUGUUUGCUGCCUGAUGUUGCUUCUAAACCUUGGCCUCAUCCUGAUCACGCUCGGUUUCGUUAUCGUGAUGCAGUUUAUGGAACCACUGUUCGUGUGGAUCCUUGGUGUCGUGUUUCUGAUCUUCGGAUUCGGUACACUGAUCGGUAGCAUGAUUUACUGCGUGAUCGUGUGCCGGGAUGCGAAAACACCGGCCCAGCUCAAGAACGAGGACCUCUACUGGACGAAGCACUGGCAGAAGAGCAUCGGUUACACGCCGCAGGAGAUUGACUACAAGACGGAUCGGUUCGAUGAGCGCGACCGGUACUCGGACCGGUUCUCCGUCAGCAAGCUAAGCGGGAAGUACUCGGACCGGGACAUUACACGCUACUGAGCCUGGGACACCUCGGUACCCUGGGAUAAAGCUGCGAUCCAGUGUGGUAACCCCCUUCCCAGUCACUCCACUGCGGAGUGUGCUGGAUAGAGAUGUAAUUUAAUUUUAACCUUCCUUCACACCCUUUCCACCCCAAUCUGCGUGCUCACUGUCUCUCUCUCUCGCGAGGAGCACCGAGCUACGAUCUACCUACUAACCAUUUAAAUUAAAUGAUUUCGCUAAGAGGUAACUAAGGCUGGGCGAUGCGAGGCCCCUCGGACGCACGGUGCCCAGGGUGCGCAGAAGCAUAUUUCACUAGAGUUUAGGAGCCGGCCGCGUGCGCCGCGCCACCCAUUCUUACUGCAAUAAUAACUGUGUAACCUGAUUAGCAAUGCAAGGAGGAGCAAGGAGGAAGUGGAGUAGCAGCAGCCCCUUUUAGUCAAGUAAGCGAACGAUCGAACGAUCGGUGACCGAUCUACUAAACAAUCCACGCGAGUGUCCCGCCCCACCCGGUAAAUGUGUAAAUAAUCCGAGUCACUCCCCCCCACCCCCUCCCAAAUCCCCCUCAUUCCCAGGAACUAAGAAAAACUGAAUAAAUGAAGGACACACUGUUUUCUUUUUU